UACGUGCUCGCUGUGGGCGCGCGCACGAAUGAAUGGACCUCGAUACUGAGGAAGAGUGCGUGCGAGAGGAGCGGGCAGUGUGUACUGAAACAAAGAACAGAGUGCAGGACACGGCUCUUGAUGCGUGUUUCUUUAUUAUGUAUAAUGUUACCCACUCUGAACGUUUCUUUGUGCCGAUCGAUCCCCAGUCCGACUCAUGUGUUCAGUUCGAAAUGUCUAGUUAACGUUCCCUCCCCGAUGGCAUGCCCAGGCGAGACCGCCCUAAGAGCGCCCCGCCGCGAGAUGUUGUGGUAAAACCAGAAAAUCCGUCAGAGACGCCUGAAAGGGGCACAUUGGGCCUUUGGAGCAAAUCCCCCUAGUGGCGCAGGGCGGCGAGGUGGCGGCUCGUCUCGAGCGCUCUCUCUGCUGCAGCCUGCUCAUCAGCACCACUGUGUCCGCGCGCUCCCCUCCAGCGUCCAGCACGCGCCGCAUCCCGCACGCGCUGCACCCAUCGCACGGAUAUAAAACACCGCAGCACACCAGGAGCUCUCAUUUCUGAGGACAAGGGAACAGAAGUGAUUUGGAAAAAUGGUGAAACUGGGAAGUAAUUUACAAGAGAAAGGCAGCAAGGCGGCGAGUGUGGAGGAUGGAUUUCAGACCGUUCCCCUCAUCACGCCUCUGGACGUGAACCACCUCCAGUACGGAGCUCCGGACAAGGUUGUGGUGAAGACAAGAACCGAAUAUCAGACGGAGCAGAAGAGCAAGGGAAAGAUGAAGGUGCCGAAGGUGGAGGAAUUCACCAUAAGCUUCAAUGAUGGCGUGUCAGAAAGACUCAAGGUCACCGUUCUCAUCUUCCUGGCACUGGCCUUCCUGGCCUGCAUAGUGUUCCUCGUGGUGUAUAAGGCCUUCACCUACGACCACAGCUGCCCGGACGGCUUUGUUUACAAGCAUAAGCGUUGCAUCCCUGCAUCACUCGAAGCUUACUACACGGCCCAGGACACCAACUCCCGGGGGCGCUUCUACACGGUCAUCAGCCACUACAGCAUGGCCAAGCAGACCACGUCCCGCUCUGUGUCGCCAUGGCAGCCGGUGGGCUCUGCCCAGCACGAUGCCAAGCCGCCCAGCCCCGAAGACCACUGAGUGCCUCUCGAAGGCACCUUUUUAAUGGAAAAGAGAGAAAAUACCACCCCAUCACCUUUAGGUCGACCCAUGGCCGUCAGGAAGCCAGUACCACCCAGAAUCAUCCUGAGCUGUCCAUUUCACCUUUUGAUUUCUCUGUUCCUUUCCUGUUAUUGCUGUUUUGUAUUCAGUAUUGAACAACCAAGUGUUUGUAAAAAGGCAUGAAUUAAUAAUGUUAGUGGAAUUGUACAUGUAUCUGAGUUUCAUUUCAUUUUUGUUUUUGAUACGGUUUUUAGAGGGACCUGUCUGCAAUUGCUGGCAUCUUUCAAGGUUUGAUGUUUCCUACUGUCCAUGACAAAUGGCAUGCACCCUUGAUUAAAAAAGGAACUGUUUCUGGAUUCUGUGAUAGGAAUUUUCACUACGCACUGAUGCUCUUUGUUUCUUAUUGCUGUGGAUGCCUGGUUUACUGAGGAGAAAAAAAAAAAAAAAUCAAUACUCGAAAUUCAUCUCGGUCCCUUUAACAUAUUUACAGAUUAGCCACUGAAGUAGCUGUUGUUGAUAUUUUAUAUUCAUUAUAAACCAUUAAUAUUAAAUACCGUUAACUAAGAGUUGAAUCAUGCUGUGAAUUUCAGUAAAAACUGUUAAUAUAGAGGCACAUGUAAAGCAUUCUGGACAGUUAAUGAUUUUUCUUUAAGUGUGCAUUUGUACACGUAGUUAAUAGCAAGAGUCCAAGGGCUUACUCAAGGAUGAUGUAAUGAAAAUUUUUCUUAGAAAAUUAUGUGAUUCGAUAUUUUUGCAAAUUAAAUUAAACAUAGCCAAUCGGAAGGCCAAUUAAUAUAUUUUCAAAAGUGCUCCUGUGUGUUUCGUGGGAAUUAUCCACCACACAGAAAGAAUUUUUAGAGCACACAUCUAUUUGUAACACACAUUAUCUGCUUGCUGGUAAAAUGUAUUUAUAUAAAAAAUCAACACAAAUUUACGACUGUUAGAAAUUGCUGCGGAGAAUAAAACGCAGUUCAGUCAAAUACAGUUAAACCUGUUGAUCCUUCCUUCUAGGAACAGGCAUCUCCGUGUGCUUUUAUAAGGGGUCUUACUUCUGAAUAAUACAGCUACCAUUUAGUUGCUGACUGAUGACAUCACAAUCCAGAGAAGAGGAUAAGAAGAAAUGUAAUUUUUGUCUCCUUCAUUUACACAUUUUGAUAAGCCUGUUACUGCCAAAGUACCACUUUUUGUGAUGUUUAGUCUGUUAUUUUUUUUUAGCUUUGCUGUGAUCAAAGUCUGUUUCAGUCCAAACCCGAGUAACUUCUGAAAACAUUUUUUUUUCACUUUUUCAUCUGGAAAAAAAAAAAUUAAUAACAGGGAAAAAUAUGAGUCUGUGCUGUAGAUUGAUAUCCUGCAAAGCUUAGUAUUUUCAUUGUGCGUUCUUAAGUUCUCUGGCAAAUAAAAAAC